CUAUUAAUUCAACGUAAGGAAAUUAUAUUACAAAAGCCAUGGGUGUAGUAUUGUCAAAAUUGGCGGCACUCUUAGAAUCUUUUUCUUCUGGACCACCAGCCAAAAUCCUUAUGCUUGGUUUAGAUGCUGCAGGAAAAACGACGAUUUUAUACAAGAUAAAACUAAACGAGACUGUAAGCACUAUUCCUACGAUAGGAUUUAACGUUGAGACCGUGUCCCCAGUGAAGGGCGUGUCAUUUACUGUAUGGGACGUCGCGGGGCAGGACAGGUACCGACAACUGUGGAGGUACUACUACCAGGCAUCAGAGGGCUUAGUAUUUGUUGUGGACAGUAACGACAGAGAAAGAAUUGUCGAGUCACGUGACGAACUGUUUGGAAUUCUACAAUAUGAUGAAAUGAGAGGAGUUCCAGUCGUGAUUAUAGCUAACAAGCAAGAUCUUCCAAACGCUCUAAGUCCCUCAGACAUGGCAGAAAUGAUGGGUUUGCACAAACUGACGUCACGAAAAUGGUUCAUUCAAUCUGCAUGCGCUACAACCGGCGAGGGAAUCUACGAGUCUAUGCGAGAAUUAUCAACUUUGGUCCAAGACUUUAAGAAAACAAAGAGAUAAAACCUUAUUAUUACAAUCUUUCAAGUUGAUUCGAUACUUGUCCUCUUGGAAAGCUACCCGUGUGUAUGCUAUAAGAUGAAACCUGAAUAAGAGUGCCAUCUGUGACCUAUGAAGUUAUCAUGGCUUGAUUUAAAUUAUUUAUAGUAUCAACAUCUUUUUUUAGGAAAUAGGAAAAUCCUAAGGAUCAUAAACUUUAAAAAGGUUUCCUAAGGUAUUUUCCAUGCAUUCUUGAUCAACAAUCAUAUUACCUGUCUUGCAAAUGCACCAUCUCUUAAAACUUUAAGCUUAUUCAGAAAAUAUAAGUCACAAGAAAUAAACCUAAUCCAUGAUGCAAAAGUCCACCCCAUUAGCUAAGGCAAGACUUUUAGGUAAUUGACAAUAGUUCAUAAUAUGUUUGCUUACACCCUGUCAUUGGUCAUUUGCAAAACUAUUUUGUGAAAACAUUCUGUUUAUACAGAAAAAUAACGUUUAUAUUUAAAAGGUGUUUCUAAAUGAU